UAUGCUUUUAGGAACAUGAUUUAAAAUGUUUAACUGUCAAAACAAAGUUUUGUAACGUGAGAAAUCUUAUGAAUUUAUUCAAUUAAACGUUAUGUAUUUAAAAUUAAAAUAAGGUAUUUUGUAGUACAGCAUCUACGACUUACGAGUGACACAAUUUUAUCACUAAUCAGCAAACUCGUGAGCUUGCAGGUUAGUAGACAGAAUGGAAAAUGUUUUGGCAAAGCUGUAUGAUGCGCUAAGCCAGUUACGCUAUCCUGAAAUAGCAAAGAUCGACUUAAGAGACUUAGCGACAGUGGUACUUGCUGGUCAUAAUCGUAUCACCUUAUUAACAUGGCUUUUAUCCCGUGCAUCUCCAACACUUUCGACACACCUUGAAAAGUUUCAAGGGCAAAAGCUAAAAGAAGAAAUCGUAAAAUGUUAUUGUCAAAUGGGAAUUGUAAAUGAUGAAAGUGUGCUACUGGGCAAUUGUAGUAUGCAAAAACAACUGUCAUUUUUAAAAGCUGUAUUGUUGUUCACGAAGAGCUUGGACAGCACAGACAACUUACCUGUUGAUGAUUCUACCGUUUGUGAAAUCUUAGACGAACAUGUCAACAAACCCAUUAACAUCAUUCCUGCAACAUGUCAUAUAAGCACAAAACUGACAAAGUCUGAGGUGAAAAAGUAUCUGGAUGAAGUUGGACAAAGUGUAACAGAGGCGACGUCUUUUUUGCCUGUACAUGAAACUUCAAAAGUUACCGCUUUGGCAACUGAGGAUAGAAUUGAUUUGAGUACUGCAACGGAAUUUGAAAAUGGACAGAUGCUAUCAUUAGAGUCUACGGCAGCAACAUUCAGCACAGCUUUCAACUCCGCCGAAUUUGUGCAAAACUCUAAGCAGUUUAAUGCCACGACCAAGGAAAUAAUUUACAUAGACGAAACUAUUCAAAAUCUGUGCAAGGAUUUGAAUUCGUUUACACAGAUAUUCAAAUCAAAAGAAUCAAUUGUGGGAAAGAAAUUGCCAGAAUGUUUGGAGAAAAGUGAAACACCACUGAGUCUGUUGAUUCAGGAUAAUGUGAUACUUUCUGAAGAAAUAAGGAAGUUGUAUGAUCAAAGCCAUCUUGCAAACUAAGUAUGUGAUGCAUUGUUACAUUAAUAAAUUAUUCAAAUAUCUAAGUUAAAAAACAGUACAGACUGAUGAAAAUGCCACACACUUUGGUCAGGUAUCUAUUGACAGGCGUACAUUGAUAUUUGAUCGCAUCAAUACUUUUUCAUUCUAUGCGAGCAAUGUUCACAAUUUACUAGAUUGCCUGACAAAAUUAUUGAUGUUUUUCUCACCAGGCAAGAUAAUUUUUAUACAUCCCAGACAAAUGUGCACAAAUUUUAUUCUCAAAAUAAUUUAUUAAUUUGUCAUAUUAAUAAUUAUUAUCACACUUAGGUAGUUUUAUUUGUAUACUAAACUUACUUAUCCAAUAAUCACAAUUUGCCUUACAUAUAAAACUGAUGAUACAUUCGUAUAAAACCUAUUUAGUUAUUAGUCACACUUUAUAUGGAUAUUGCCAAAAAAAAAAUCCUUUUUCAAUCAGUGCGUAAGAAUAAAAACUAGGCUUUUACAAGUGUUAUGUUUAAUUCGGGUUUUACCUCUAAUUAUCUUACUCGGUCACUUAAUUAUAAUAUUUUAAUGUUUACAAGAAUAUCAGUAAGAAAUAGUUUAACGCAUUUCGGUAUUUAAAUUUUACAUUUCAUUUAUAGAAAUAUACGUCUGCCAUUUCUGAGUUAUUUCCAAUUUUCAUGAGGACUAGUUAACUACAGAAAUCUAAGGGAAUCUAAUUCGGUAUUUUCAAAUGAUGGUCUAAAUACCAUAGGCACACGCGAUCGUUUCGACAACUUACAAUUAACCAAAAGACAUGUGUCAUGUUUU